GCAGUAAAAUAGACAGCGGUUAAGCUAACCUUCUUAAAAUAAGAAAAAUUGUCUCCGUAACCACGUACACUGGGUUUUUUUUUACUAGGACUGCAGAACUGUGAGGAGCAUACCCGGCAUUCACUGUGGAUAUCCUACGAGACGGAGAAGUCUUUUAAAACACUUUGGCAAGCCAGCUUAUAACAAUCAAUCUUCACAAAUUGGAUUGUUGUACAAUAAUAAUAUUAUUAGGACUACCAACCGACUGAAAUCGGAAUCAGCUCACAUAAACUUACUGCUACAACCCGAACAAAGUUUUAAAAAGGAGGAAGAAAGGAACGCUUUUUUCAGAAAUAUGACACUUCCAAGUGCGGCUCGCGUGUACACAGAUGUCAAUGCCCACAAACCGGAUGAAUAUUGGGACUAUGAAAAUUAUGUGGUUGAUUGGGGCAAUCAAGACGAUUAUCAGUUGGUCCGAAAAUUAGGACGUGGAAAGUAUUCUGAGGUCUUUGAGGCCAUUAAUAUUACUACCACAGAAAAGUGCGUUGUUAAAAUUUUGAAACCUGUUAAAAAAAAGAAGAUAAAGCGUGAAAUCAAAAUUUUGGAGAACUUGCGUGGAGGAACAAAUAUAAUAACACUUUUAGCCGUUGUCAAGGAUCCAGUUUCUCGUACACCAGCGUUGAUUUUUGAGCACGUGAACAACACAGAUUUCAAGCAACUUUACCAAACAUUAACUGAUUAUGAGAUUCGUUACUACUUGUUUGAGCUUCUUAAGGCACUUGACUACUGCCACAGCAUGGGAAUAAUGCAUCGUGAUGUAAAGCCCCACAAUGUUAUGAUAGAUCACGAAAAUCGAAAAUUGCGCCUUAUAGAUUGGGGACUUGCCGAAUUUUAUCAUCCUGGUCAAGAGUAUAAUGUUCGCGUGGCUUCGAGAUACUUUAAAGGUCCCGAAUUACUGGUAGAUUACCAGAUGUAUGAUUACUCACUGGAUAUGUGGUCACUUGGUUGUAUGUUGGCGUCGAUGAUAUUCCGAAAAGAGCCGUUUUUCCACGGACAUGACAACUAUGAUCAAUUGGUGCGCAUUGCCAAGGUGCUGGGCACCGAAGAGCUCUACGCAUAUUUGGAUAAAUACAAUAUUGACCUCGAUCCAAGAUUUCACGACAUUCUACAGCGUCACUCAAGAAAGCGAUGGGAAAGAUUUGUCCAUUCUGAUAACCAACAUCUAGUUUCUCCUGAAGCACUAGACUUUCUUGAUAAACUUUUACGCUAUGAUCACGUUGACCGACUCACAGCUCGCGAAGCAAUGGCCCAUCCAUAUUUCUUACCUAUUGUCAAUGGUCAAAUGAAUCCCAAUAAUCAGCAAUAAGAAGUUUUUUCAUUAUGAUGAAUACUGUAAUUCGAGUUUGGGAUAGCAGCCAUUUAACAAUAUGAUAAUUAUGCAAAAAAAUAUAAAAUCCGAAGAAAAAUAAAAUAAAUUAAGCUACUGUCUUAAAAAUGACUUCAACUGUUCGUUAAGGGAUUAACCGGAGAAAUCGAAUAAAUUCUCACAGUAUAACAUCUAA